AUGCUCGAUAACCCAGAUGGCCUUGUUAAUCUGCGCAAUCUCGCUCGAGAGGUUGAAAACAUCCUACCCGAGAACAAGACGGUGCCAAUCGUACUUGUGCCGGGAUUCUCUGGCUGGGGCGCGCCUUUAUUCGGCGCCCUCAAUUACUUCGGCGGCGUGAGAGACAUACCAAAAAUCCUAGCAGACGCAGGAUACACGGUUAUCAUCUCCCCGGUUGCACCGAUAUCUUCCAACUGGGAACGCGCUUGCGAGUUGUACCGGCAGCUUACGUUUGGAAAAUUCAGCACCGUCAAUCCGACGACCGGCAUGGUUGACGAAGUCCAUGACGUAGACGUUGAUUAUGGUACGUACUUUGAUGCAAAUCCAGAAGCUGCGCCAGAACAAACCACUACCACGGGUCGGAGACGAGCGAUUCUCGUUUCAAACUCACCAAGCUUUCAGAACUGGACGUGGAAGAGAAACCACAAAGUGCAUUUUGUUUGCCACUCUCAAGGGGGAAACACAGUCCGCUACCUCAUCAGCUUGAUGGAGCGCGGCGCAGGAACGUUGCACCCCAGGUACUUCAGUGAGCCAGGAAGAGACGACUGGACCAUUUCGGUCACGACCUUGGGAACCCCGCACAAGGGAACGACCAUCAUAAAUGCAUUCUACAAUUUCCUCUCUCAAUCAAAGGAGCAAGCUAUUAAACUCUUUGCGAGACUCUUCGCGGCAGCAUCCUUCUAUCCCCCGGAUAAAAGGGCUUACGACCUUCAGCUCGACCAUUGGGGCAUCCGAAAAAAGGCAGACGAAACGUUCGAUGACAUGCGCAAGCGUCUGGAAUCGGACCCUGGCCCUGUAUGGAAAUGGCUGAACUCCAACAAAACCGCCCUCUACGAUAACAGCAUCGAAGGUGUCCACGACCUCGCUGUCAAAGCAGGCAACCCCUCAACACAGGUUUACUACUUCACCUUCUCCUUCCAUGCAACGGUUCCCUUUCCCGAACGAUGGCCUCAGUGGGGUAGGGAUGCAAUUGCAUCCUUCCCUACUAAAAUAGGCGACUUCUUCGGUGCCAUACUUCCAAACUGGAUGAUACGCUGGGUCCCCAAUGUUGGAUGGAUAGUCGUCACAAACAUAACCCAGUUCCGCCGUUUUGUAACUUGGGUCACACAAGCGAUCCUCACCAGACUCCUGCAAGAGCUUGAUUACAACAUCGAGCUCCCGCUGCCGGGGAAAUACAUACCCCGCAAGGACGUCAUACCCAUCUUCUUGCCAAGUGUAUACGCAAUGGGAGGACAGGACCUUACCCAGGACCAGAUCAACCUGCUAGGACCAAAUCUCGUAGGCGACUGGUACCAGAACGACGGCAUCGUGAACACGGCGUCGAUGCACGGUCCGGACGAGUCCGUGACUAAAAACAUUAGCACCUUGCCCGAUUUCGAUUUCAGCAAGCCUGGGAAACGGGGGUGUUAUUGGCAUUUUGGCGUCAACGACCGGAUGGAUCAUGCGGAUGAGAUUGGCGUUUUCAUCGAGGAGAGCACGGUAGGUGGUGGUUUCUGA